AUGUCCAACCGGCCGGGACGCCGCCCCCUCUCCCUCCCGUCCUCCAUGCUGUCCACGAACGACCUCACUCCAUACUGCCGCCGCCACGCGCUCGACUACCCUCCACCGAUCUCGAUCUCGAUCUUCGGCCCGAACCAACCCACCUCACCGCCGUCCCCGGCCGCCGCGCCCUUCCACGAAGACCCCUUCCUCAGCUUCGCCGAUGGCCGGGCCCCGGCAGCCGAUGUCCACGUCUUUGGGGGUGGCGGCAAGGACUUCCCGUCCUCCCCCGACCCCUACGCCUUCCGCCACGACUCCGCCGCCGCGCACCCCUUCGGCAUGCCCGACUCCAACGGCAACGACAUGCACCACGAGGCGGAGGAUGACGGCCUCUUCACCAACUCCGGCCCCGUCUUCACCGACCCUGGCCGACGAGGGCUUCCUCCUCCGCGAUUGGCGCCACUUGACGGUGCUUGGCUUGAUGCCAAGGCGUCGGUACAGGUUCAGGUCAACUCAGUGUACAUAUACUUGGCAGACUUGAUGCACUUCAUGAGGCAGGAGGAAGCCAUCAAAGCAAUGCAUCUUUCUGAAGGAGGACAAGAGUACAACAGGAUAAGCAAGAGGUCUCUAAAAAACUGGAUGGUGAAUGCAUUUAGAGAGCGCAAAGCCCUUGCUCUAACACUUAAUGAUACAAAAGUUGCAGUAUCCAAACUCAACCAGAUGACUAAUGUUGUUGGUGGCAUCAUCGUGUUUGUUCUCUGGCUCCUUAUUCUUGGCAUAGCUACAACGAAUUUACUUGUCUUCCUCAGCUCACCAUUUUUGGUGGCGGUUAUUGUAUUUGGAGACACUUUGAAGGCAGUUUUUGAGGCAAUUGUUUUCUUAUUUGUGAUGCAUCCUUUUGAUGUUGGUGAGCGCUGUGAAAUCGAGGAAGUUCAGGUUGUUGUCGAGGAAAUGAAUAUCUUGACAACAGUCUUUCUUCGAUACGACAACCUGAAGAUAUAUUAUCCCAACAAUAUACUGGCCACCAUACCAAUUAUGAAUUUUUACAGGAGUCCAGAUAUGGGAGAAGGAAUUGACUUCUAUAUUCAUGUUGAAACACCGGUAGGGAAACUAGCACUCAUGAAGGAAAGAAUACUACGUUACAUCAACAACAAGAAAGAGCAUUGGUACCCAGGGGCGAUGGUUGUCCUCCGGGAUGUGGAUGAGACCAACAAGCUGAAAGUAUCCAUAUGGCUCUGUCACAUGCUCAACUUCCAGGACAUGGGGAUGAGGUACGUGAGGAGGGAGCUGGUGCUCCAGGAGAUGAUCAAAGUUCUCAAGGACCUUGACAUUGAGUAUUGGAUGCUACCAUUGGACGUGAAUGUGCGGAAUGCGCCUCCUAUUGAAUCCACAAGGAUGCCAACAACAUGGAAUUAUUCCUGAAGCACUGAACAUUCAUGGGGCAUUUCCUAUCCAGUUCGAGCGGUGAGAGCUACAAGAGCCUUUUCUAGCAACUAGCGAGUAGAACAUGACAUGAGAUGUUAGCGUGCCUAAGGCAGAUCACUUGGUUUGGUCUGUAAUUAGUGUGUUGUUUAGUAUGUAAGC